CCCGCGGGCGGCGCGGAGGCGGAGGAGCGCUCGCUGCAGCACAUGCUGCGUGCCAUCGCGGAGGAGCGCGGCCGCCUCAGCCUGCGCCGGGAGGUCUGCGGCCUCGGCUGUCUGAAGGAUGACCGCAUCGUCUUCUGGACCUGGAUGUUCUCCACCUACUUCAUGGAGAAGUGGGCCCCCCGGCAGGACGACAUGCUCUUCUACGUGCGCCGGAAGCUGGCGUAUGCGGGCAGCGAGAGCAGCCUGGACGGCAGGAAGCUGCCCGAGGCCCAGCCCGAGGUGGAGGUGGAGGUGUACCGGCGGGACUCGAAGAAGCUGCCGGGCCUGGGGGACCCCGACAUCGACUGGGAGGAGAGCGUGUGCUUGAACCUCAUCCUGCAGAAGCUGGACUACAUGGUGACCUGCGCCGUGUGCACGCGUGCCGACGGUGGGGACAUCCACGUCCACAAGAAGAAGUCGCAGCAAGUGUUUGCGUCCCCCAGCAAGCACCCCAUGGACAGCAAAGGGGAGGAGUCCAAGAUGAGCUACCCCAACAUCUUCUUCAUGAUCGACAGCUUCGAGGAGGUGUUCAGUGACAUGACCGUGGGGGAAGGAGAGAUGGUGUGCGUGGAGCUGGUGGCCAGCGACAAAACCAACACGUUCCAGGGCGUCAUCUUCCAGGGCUCCAUCCGCUACGAGGCCCUCAAGAAGGUGUACGACAACCGGGUGAGUGUGGCCGCACGCAUGGCGCAGAAGAUGUCGUUCGGCUUCUACAAGUACAACAACAUGGAGUUCGUGCGCAUGAAGGGUCCCCAGGGCAAGGGCCACGCCGAGAUGGCCGUCAGCCGUGUGUCCACUGGUGACACGUCCCCCUGCGGCACCGAAGAGGACUCCAGCCCAGCUUCUCCCAUGCACGAGCGGGUCACCUCGUUCAGCACCCCGCCCACCCCGGAGCGGAGCACGCGGCCCGCCUUCUUCUCCCCGUCGCUCAAGAGGAAGGCGCCGCGGCACGGGAUGACCGAGAUGAAGAAGUCGCACUCGGCCAACGACAGCGAGGAGUUCUUCCGGGAGGACGACAGCGCAGCCGACCUGCACAACGCCACCAAUCUGCGCUCCAGGUCGCUGUCUGGCACGGGCCGGUCCCUGGUCGGGUCCUGGCUGAAGCUGAACCGAGCCGACGGGAAGUUCCUUCUCUAUGCACACUUGACCUACGUCACUUUGCCGCUGCAUCGGAUUUUAACAGACAUCCUAGAAGUCCGGCAGAAGCCCAUCCUGAUGACCUAGCCGUGUGCAGAGCCCGCCCAGCCCUGGGAGUGCUGCCAAGUGCCUACUGUCCCCGCCACCGGGCUCUUCUGUGACAAGCCAGCGCCGAGCCGCGGCCGGCCGGGGCCGCUGGACUCUGCCAACACCAGCCACACGGAAGUGCCUCGUCCUGCCCGCCCACCAGCCGGAGGGCGCCGCGGAGGGGGGCUGUGACGCCAGGCGCUUCGGCUCGCCCCUCCCCUGCUCGCCACUUGGUCAGAGCCGGAGCCGGCAGCGCAGGGCGCUGGCUGUGCCCCGGGCUGGGACCCCUCACCCCACGCCGGCACCCAGGAAAGGCCUCCUGCUUCCAGCCAAAGAACACCGCCACCCUGCCGCCCCCGGCCCGCGGACUCCGGCCCAGAUGGCGACCCAAGCCCCCCGUGGGGUUUGCGUUCUGAGGGCACCAGCGUCCAGAAGGGCCCCCCAAGCCUGUCCGGCUCUCGUCCCGGCUCUCAGACCAGCUCACUGAGGCCGAGGGAACAGGCUGGCAGCCCCGGGGGAGGGGUCUCCAUCUGUGACCCCUCCCCAGGGGGAGGAAGCUGGACGUGGGGUCUCGGCUGCCGUGGAUGUUGUUGGGCGUCAGGGUCUCCGUGGGCAGGAGCGCAGGCGAGGAGCGCGCGAUCCGUCCGUUUUUACUCCGUGGGCUCCGGGGACAGGGGACUACGUCGGGGCUCUCUCCAGAUUUUGUAUGUUGUUAUUAAAAGCGAGCUAUUGCAUUUCA